AUGAAGUCAACUGUAUCUGCAAAUGAAACAGGCGUUGAAGGAAGGAUUCAAGAAGAGGAAGAAGAGGAGGAAUACAAAAAAUUGGGCGAAAAAGGAGAAACGACAUAUAUGGAAGCUUCAGUAUCACCAUCAGCAGGCACUGGGCUGCUUGGUCUUGGUCUAUCGAUGACACCCUUCUCAACACCUGAAUCUUCAGUGUCGAUGAAGUCAACUGUAUCUGCAAAUGAAACAGGCGUUGAAGGAAGGAUUCAAGAAGAGGAAGAAGAGGAGGAAUACAAAAAAUUGGGCGAAAAAGGAGAAACGACAUAUAUGGAAGCUUCAGUAUCACCAUCAGCUGGCACUGGGCUGCCUGGUCUUGGAAGGAUUCAAGAAGAGGAAGAAGAGGAGGAAUACAAAGACUGGGCAGAAAAGGGAGAAACGACAUAUAUGGAAGCUUCAGUAUCACCAUCAGCUAGGCACUGGGCUGCUUGGUCUUGGAAGAAUUCAAGAAGAGGAAGAAGAGAGAAUGACAAAAAUUGGGCGAAAAAGGGAGAAACGACAUAUAUGGAAGCUUCAGUAUCACCAUCAGCAGGCACUGGGCUGCUUGGUCUUGGUCUAUCGAUGACAUCGUCCUCUAUCCCUGAAUCUUCAGUGUCGAUGAAGUCAACUGUAUCUGCAAAUGAAACAGGCGUUGAAGGAAGGAUUCAAGAAGAGGAAGAAGAGGAGGAAUACAAAAAAUUGGGCGAAAAAGGAGAAACGACAUAUAUGGAAGCUUCAGUAUCACCAUCAGCUGGCACUGGGCUGCCUGGUCUUGGUCUAUCGAUGACAUCGUCCUCUAUCCGAAUCUUCAGUGUCGAUGAAGUCAACUUGUCGAUGAAGUCAACUGUAUCUGCAAAUGAAACAGGCGUUGAAGGAAGGAUUCAAGAAGAGGAAGAAGAGGAGGAAUACAAAAAAUUGGGCGAAAAAGGAGAAACGACAUAUAUGGAAGCUUCAGUAUCACCAUCAGCUGGCACUGGGCUGCUUGGUCUUGGUCUAUCGAUGACAUCGUCCUCUAUCCCUGAAUCUUCAGUGUCGAUGAAGAAGGAUUCAAGAAGAGGAAGAAGAGGAGGAAUACAAAAAUUGGGCGAAAAAGGAGAAACGACAUAUAUGGAAGCUUCAGUAUCACCAUCAGCAGGCACUGGGCUGCUUGGUCUUGGUCUAUCGAUGACACCCUUCUCUACACCUGAAUCUUCAGUAUCGAUGAAGUCAACUGUAUCUGCAAAUGAAACAGGAAUUGAAGGAAGGAUUCAAGAAGAGGAAGAAGAGGAGGAAUACAAAAAAUUGGGCGAAAAAGGAGAAACGACAUAUAUGGAAGCUUCAGUAUCACCAUCAGCAGGCACUGGGCUGCUUGGUCUUGGUCUAUCGAUGACAUCGUCCUCUAUACCUGAAUCUUCAGUGUCGAUGAAGUCAACUGUAUCUGCAAAUGAGACAGGCAUUGAAGGAAGGAUUCAAGAAGAGGAAGAAGAGGAGGAAUACAAAAAAUUGGGCGAAAAAGGAGAAACGACAUAUAUGGAAGCUUCAGUAUCACCAUCAGCUGGCACUGGGCUGCCUGGUCUUGGUCUAUCGAUGACAUCGUCCUCUAUCCCUGAAUCUUCAGUGUCGAUGAAGUCAACUGUAUCUGCAAAUGAAACAGGAAUUGAGGAAAGAAUUCAAGAGGAGGAAGAAGAAAUGAAAAGACUGGGAGAAAAGGGAGAAACGACAUAUAUGGAAGCUUCAGUAUCACCAUCAGCAGGCACUGGGCUGCUUGGUCUUGUGUCGAUGAAGUCAACUGUAUCUGCAAAUGAAACAGGAAUUGGGGAAAGAAUUCAAGAGGAGGAAGAAGAAAUGAAAAGACUGGGAGAAAAGGGAGAAACGACAUAUAUGGAAGCUUCAGUAUCACCAUCAGCAGGCACUGGGCUGCUUGGUCUUGGUCUAUCGAUGACACCCUUCUCUACACCUGAAUCUUCAGUAUCGAUGAAGUCAACUGUAUCUGCAAAUGAAACAGGCGUUGAAGGAAGGAUUCAAGAAGAGGAAGAAGAGGAGGAAUACAAAAAAUUGGGCGAAAAAGGAGAAACGACAUAUAUGGAAGCUUCAGUAUCACCAUCAGCAGGCACUGGGCUGCUUGGUCUUGGUCUAUCGAUGACACCCUUCUCAACACCUGAAUCUUCAGUGUCGAUGAAGUCAACUGUAUCUGCAAAUGAAACAGGCGUUGAAGGAAGGAUUCAAGAAGAGGAAGAAGAGGAGGAAUACAAAAAAUUGGGCGAAAAAGGAGAAACGACAUAUAUGGAAGCUUCAGUAUCACCAUCAGCCGGAACUGGGCUGCCUGGUCUUGGUCUAUCGAUGACACCCUUCUCUAUACCUGAAUCUUCAGCGUCGAUGAAGUCAACUGUAUCUGCAAAUGAAACAGGCGUUGAAGGAAGGAUUCAAGAAGAGGAAGAAGAGGAGGAAUACAAAAAAUUGGGCGAAAAAGGAGAAACGACAUAUAUGGAAGCUUCAGUAUCACCAUCAGCUGGUACCGGGCUGCUUGGUCUUGGUCUAUCGAUGACACCGUUCUCUAAACCGGAAUCUUCAGUGUCGAUGAAGUCAACUGUAUCUGCAAAUGAAACAGGCGUUGAAGGAAGGAUUCAAGAAGAGGAAGAAGAGGAGGAAUACAAAAAAUUGGGCGAAAAAGGAGAAACGACAUAUAUGGAAGCUUCAGUAUCACCAUCAGCAGGCACUGGGCUGCUUGGUCUUGGUCUAUCGAUGACACCUUUCUCUAUACCUGAAUCUUCAGUGUCGAUGAAGUCAACUGCAUCUGCAAAUGAAACAGGCGUUGAAGGAAGGAUUCAAGAAGAGGAAGAAGAGGAGGAAUACAAAAAAUUGGGCGAAAAAGGAGAAACGACAUAUAUGGAAGCUUCAGUAUCACCAUCAGCUGGCACUGGGCUGCCUGGUCUUGGUCUAUCGAUGACAUCGUCCUCUAUCCCUGAAUCUUCAGUGUCGAUGAAGUCAACUGGAGAAACGACAUAUAUGGAAGCUUCAGUAUCACCAUCAGCAGGCACUGGGCUGCUUGGUCUUGGUCUAUCGAUGACAUCGUCCUCUAUACCUGAAUCUUCAGUGUCGAUGAAGUCAACUGUAUCUGCAAAUGAAACAGGCAUUGAAGGAAGAAUUCAAGAAGAGGAAGAAGAGGAGGAAUACAAAAAAUUGGGCGAAAAAGGAGAAACGACAUAUAUGGAAGCUUCAGUAUCACCAUCAGCAGGCACUGGGCUGCUUGGUCUUGGUCUAUCGAUGACAUCGUCCUCUAUACCUGAAUCUUCAGUGUCGAUGAAGUCAACUGUAUCUGCAAAUGAAACAGGCGUUGAAGGAAGGAUUCAAGAAGAGGAAGAAGAGGAGGAAUACAAAAAAUUGGGCGAAAAAGGAGAAACGACAUAUAUGGAAGCUUCAGUAUCACCAUCAGCAGGCACUGGGCUGCUUGGUCUUGGUCUAUCGAUGACAUCGUCCUCUAUACCUGAAUCUUCAGUGUCGAUGAAGUCAACUGUAUCUGCAAAUGAGACAGGCAUUGAAGGAAGGAUUCAAGAAGAGGAAGAAGAGGAGGAAUACAAAAAAUUGGGCGAAAAAGGAGAAACGACAUAUAUGGAAGCUUCAGUAUCACCAUCAGCUGGCACUGGGCUGCCUGGUCUUGGUCUAUCGAUGACAUCGUCCUCUAUCCCUGAAUCUUCAGUGUCGAUGAAGUCAACUGUAUCUGCAAAUGAAACAGGAAUUGAGGAAAGAAUUCAAGAGGAGGAAGAAGAAAUGAAAAGACUGGGAGAAAAGGGAGAAACGACAUAUAUGGAAGCUUCAGUAUCACCAUCAGCUGGUACCGGGCUGCUUGGUCUUGGUCUAUCGAUGACACCCUUCUCAACACCUGAAUCUUCAGUGUCGAUGAAGUCAACUGUAUCUGCAAAUGAAACAGGCGUUGAAGGAAGGAUUCAAGAAGAGGAAGAAGAGGAGGAAUACAAAAAAUUGGGCGAAAAAGGAGAAACGACAUAUAUGGAAGCUUCAGUAUCACCAUCAGCAGGCACUGGGCUGCUUGGUCUUGGUCUAUCGAUGACAUCGUCCUCUAUACCUGAAUCUUCAGUGUCGAUGAAGUCAACUGUAUCUGCAAAUGAGACAGGCAUUGAAGGAAGGAUUCAAGAAGAGGAAGAAGAGGAGGAAUACAAAAAAUUGGGCGAAAAAGGAGAAACGACAUAUGUGGAAGCUUCAGUAUCACCAUCAGCUGGCACUGGGCUGCCUGGUCUUGGUCUAUCGAUGACAUCGUCCUCUAUCCCUGAAUCUUCAGUGUCGAUGAAGUCAACUGUAUCUGCAAAUGAAACAGGAAUUGAGGAAAGAAUUCAAGAGGAGGAAGAAGAAAUGAAAAGACUGGGAGAAAAGGGAGAAACGACAUAUAUGGAAGCUUCAGUAUCACCAUCAGCAGGCACUGGGCUGCUUGGUCUUGGUCUAUCGAUGACACCCUUCUCAACACCUGAAUCUUCAGUAUCGAUGAAGUCAACUGUAUCUGCAAAUGAAACAGGCAUUGAAGGAAGAAUUCAAGAAGAGGAAGAAGAGGAGGAAUACAAAAAAUUGGGCGAAAAAGGAGAAACGACAUAUAUGGAAGCUUCAGUAUCACCAUCAGCUGGCACUGGGCUGCUUGGUCUUGGUCUAUCGAUGACAUCGUCCUCUAUCCCUGAAUCUUCAGUGUCGAUGAAGUCAACUGUAUCUGCAAAUGAAACAGGAAUUGAGGAAAGAAUUCAAGAGGAGGAAGAAGAAAUGAAAAGACUGGGAGAAAAGGGAGAAACGACAUAUAUGGAAGCUUCAGUAUCACCAUCAGCAGGCACUGGGCUGCUUGGUCUUGGUCUAUCGAUGACACCCUUCUCAACACCUGAAUCUUCAGUAUCGAUGAAGUCAACUGUAUCUGCAAAUGAAACAGGCAUUGAAGGAAGAAUUCAAGAAGAGGAAGAAGAGGAGGAAUACAAAAAAUUGGGCGAAAAAGGAGAAACGACAUAUAUGGAAGCUCCAGUAUCACCAUCAGCUGGCACUGUGCCGCUUGGUCUUGGUCUAUCGAUGACAUCGUCCUCUAUCCCUGAAUCUUCAGUCUCGAUGAAGUCAACUGUAUCUGCAAAUGAAACAGGAAUUGAGGAAAGAAUUCAAGAGGAGGAAGAAGAAAUGAAAAGACUGGGAGAAAAGGGAGAAACGACAUAUAUGGAAGCUUCAGUAUCACCAUCAGCAGGCACUGGGCUGCUUGGUCUUGGUCUAUCGAUGACACCCUUCUCAACACCUGAAUCUUCAGUAUCGAUGAAGUCAACUGUAUCUGCAAAUGAAACAGGCAUUGAAGGAAGAAUUCAAGAAGAGGAAGAAGAGGAGGAAUACAAAAAAUUGGGCGAAAAAGGAGAAACGACAUAUAUGGAAGCUUCAGUAUCACCAUCAGCUGGCACUGGGCUGCCUGGUCUUGGUCUAUCGAUGACAUCGUCCUCUAUCCCUGAAUCUUCAGUGUCGAUGAAGUCAACUGUAUCUGCAAAUGAAACAGGAAUUGAGGAAAGAAUUCAAGAGGAGGAAGAAGAAAUGAAAAGACUGGGAGAAAAGGGAGAAACGACAUAUAUGGAAGCUUCAGUAUCACCAUCAGCAGGCACUGGGCUGCUUGGUCUUGGUCUAUCGAUGACAUCGUCCUCUAUCCCUGAAUCUUCAGUGUCGAUGAAGUCAACUGUAUCUGCAAAUGAAACAGGAAUUGAGGAAAGAAUUCAAGAGGAGGAAGAAGAAAUGAAAAGACUGGGAGAAAAGGGAGAAACGACAUAUAUGGAAGCUUCAGUAUCACCAUCAGCAGGCACUGGGCUGCUUGGUCUUGGUCUAUCGAUGACACCCUUCUCAACACCUGAAUCUUCAGUAUCGAUGAAGUCAACUGUAUCUGCAAAUGAAACAGGCAUUGAAGGAAGAAUUCAAGAAGAGGAAGAAGAGGAGGAAUACAAAAAAUUGGGCGAAAAAGGAGAAACGACAUAUAUGGAAGCUUCAGUAUCACCAUCAGCUGGCACUGGGCUGCCUGGUCUUGGUCUAUCGAUGACAUCGUCCUCUAUCCCUGAAUCUUCAGUGUCGAUGAAGUCAACUGUAUCUGCAAAUGAAACAGGAAUUGAGGAAAGAAUUCAAGAGGAGGAAGAAGAAAUGAAAAGACUGGGAGAAAAGGGAGAAACGACAUAUAUGGAAGCUUCAGUAUCACCAUCAGCAGGCACUGGGCUGCUUGGUCUUGGUCUAUCGAUGACAUCGUCCUCUAUACCUGAAUCUUCAGUGUCGAUGAAGUCAACUGUAUCUGCAAAUGAGACAGGCAUUGAAGGAAGGAUUCAAGAAGAGGAAGAAGAGGAGGAAUACAAAAAAUUGGGCGAAAAAGGAGAAACGACAUAUAUGGAAGCUUCAGUAUCACCAUCAGCUGGCACUGGGCUGCCUGGUCUUGGUCUAUCGAUGACAUCGUCCUCUAUCCCUGAAUCUUCAGUGUCGAUGAAGUCAACUGUAUCUGCAAAUGAAACAGGAAUUGAGGAAAGAAUUCAAGAGGAGGAAGAAGAAAUGAAAAGACUGGGAGAAAAGGGAGAAACGACAUAUAUGGAAGCUUCAGUAUCACCAUCAGCAGGCACUGGGCUGCUUGGUCUUGGUCUAUCGAUGACAUCGUCCUCUAUCCCUGAAUCUUCAGUGUCGAUGAAGUCAACUGUAUCUGCAAAUGAAACAGGAAUUGAGGAAAGAAUUCAAGAGGAGGAAGAAGAAAUGAAAAGACUGGGAGAAAAGGGAGAAACGACAUAUAUGGAAGCUUCAGUAUCACCAUCAGCAGGCACUGGGCUGCAUGGUCUUGGUCUAUCGAUGACACCCUUCUCAACACCUGAAUCUUCAGUAUCGAUGAAGUCAACUGUAUCUGCAAAUGAAACAGGCGUUGAAGGAAGGAUUCAAGAAGAGGAAGAAGAGGAGGAAUACAAAAAAUUGGGCGAAAAAGGAGAAACGACAUAUAUGGAAGCUUCAGUAUCACCAUCAGCAGGCACUGGGCUGCUUGGUCUUGGUCUAUCGAUGACAUCGUCCUCUAUCCCUGAAUCUUCAGUGUCGAUGAAGUCAACUGUAUCUGCAAAUGAAACAGGAAUUGAGGAAAGAAUUCAAGAGGAGGAAGAAGAAAUGAAAAGACUGGGAGAAAAGGGAGAAACGACAUAUAUGGAAGCUUCAGUAUCACCAUCAGCUGGCACUGGGCUGCUUGGUCUUGGUCUAUCGAUGACAUCGUCCUCUAUCCCUGAAUCUUCAGUGUCGAUGAAGUCAACUGUAUCUGCAAAUGAAACAGGCGUUGAAGGAAGGAUUCAAGAAGAGGAAGAAGAGGAGGAAUACAAAAAAUUGGGCGAAAAAGGAGAAACGACAUAUAUGGAAGCUCCAGUAUCACCAUCAGCUGGUACUGGGCUGCUUGGUCUUGGUCUAUCGAUGACACCCUUCUCAACACCUGAAUCUUCAGUAUCGAUGAAGUCAACUGUAUCUGCAAAUGAAACAGGCAUUGAAGGAAGGAUUCAAGAAGAGGAAGAAGAGGAGGAAUACAAAAAAUUGGGCGAAAAAGGAGAAACGACAUAUAUGGAAGCUUCAGUAUCACCAUCAGCUGGCACUGGGCUGCCUGGUCUUGGUCUAUCGAUGACACCCUUCUCAACACCUGAAUCUUCAGUGUCGAUGAAGUCAACUGUAUCUGCAAAUGAAACAGGCGUUGAAGGAAGGAUUCAAGAAGAGGAAGAAGAGGAGGAAUACAAAAAAUUGGGCGAAAAAGGAGAAACGACAUAUAUGGAAGCUUCAGUAUCACCAUCAGCAGGCACUGGGCUGCUUGGUCUUGGUCUAUCGAUGACAUCGUCCUCUAUACCUGAAUCUUCAGUGUCGAUGAAGUCAACUGUAUCUGCAAAUGAAACAGGCAUUGAAGGAAGGAUUCAAGAAGAGGAAGAAGAGGAGGAAUACAAAAAAUUGGGCGAAAAAGGAGAAACGACAUAUAUGGAAGCUUCAGUAUCACCAUCAGCUGGCACUGGGCUGCCUGGUCUUGGUCUAUCGAUGACAUCGUCCUCUAUCCCUGAAUCUUCAGUGUCGAUGAAGUCAACUGUAUCUGCAAAUGAAACAGGAAUUGAGGAAAGAAUUCAAGAGGAGGAAGAAGAAAUGAAAAGACUGGGAGAAAAGGGAGAAACGACAUAUAUGGAAGCUUCAGUAUCACCAUCAGCAGGCACUGGGCUGCUUGGUCUUGGUCUAUCGAUGACACCCUUCUCUACACCUGAAUCUUCAGUAUCGAUGAAGUCAACUGUAUCUGCAAAUGAAACAGGCGUUGAAGGAAGGAUUCAAGAAGAGGAAGAAGAGGAGGAAUACAAAAAAUUGGGCGAAAAAGGAGAAACGACAUAUAUGGAAGCUUCAGUAUCACCAUCAGCUGGCACUGGGCUGCUUGGUCUUGGUCUAUCGAUGACAUCGUCCUCUAUCCCUGAAUCUUCAGUGUCGAUGAAGUCAACUGUAUCUGCAAAUGAAACAGGCAUUGAAGGAAGAAUUCAAGAAGAGGAAGAAGAGGAGGAAUACAAAAAAUUGGGCGAAAAAGGAGAAACGACAUAUAUGGAAGCUUCAGUAUCACCAUCAGCUGGCACUGGGCUGCUUGGUCUUGGUCUAUCGAUGACAUCGUCCUCUAUCCCUGAAUCUUCAGUGUCGAUGAAGUCAACUGUAUCUGCAAAUGAAACAGGCAUUGAAGGAAGAAUUCAAGAAGAGGAAGAAGAGGAGGAAUACAAAAAAUUGGGCGAAAAAGGAGAAACGACAUAUAUGGAAGCUUCAGUAUCACCAUCAGCAGGCACUGGGCUGCUUGGUCUUGGUCUAUCGAUGACAUCGUCCUCUAUCCUGAAUCUUCAGUUGUCGAUGAAGUCAACUGUAUCUGCAAAUGAAACAGGCAUUGAAGGAAGGAUUCAAGAAGAGGAAGAAGAGGAGGAAUACAAAAAAUUGGGCGAAAAAGGAGAAACGACAUAUAUGGAAGCUUCAGUAUCACCAUCAGCAGGCACUGGGCUGCUUGGUCUUGUGUCGAUGAAGUCAACUGUAUCUGCAAAUGAAACAGGCGUUGAAGGAAGGAUUCAAGAAGAGGAAGAAGAGGAGGAAUACAAAAAAUUGGGCGAAAAAGGAGAAACGACAUAUAUGGAAGCUUCAGUAUCACCAUCAGCUGGCACUGGGCUGCUUGGUCUUGGUCUAUCGAUGACAUCGUCCUCUAUCCCUGAAUCUUCAGUGUCGAUGAAGUCAACUGUAUCUGCAAAUGAAACAGGCAUUGAAGGAAGAAUUCAAGAAGAGGAAGAAGAGGAGGAAUACAAAAAAUUGGGCGAAAAAGGAGAAACGACAUAUAUGGAAGCUUCAGUAUCACCAUCAGCAGGCACUGGGCUGCUUGGUCUUGGUCUAUCGAUGACACCCUUCUCUACACCUGAAUCUUCAGUAUCGAUGAAGUCAACUGUAUCUGCAAAUGAAACAGGCGUUGAAGGAAGGAUUCAAGAAGAGGAAGAAGAGGAGGAAUACAAAAAAUUGGGCGAAAAAGGAGAAACGACAUAUAUGGAAGCUUCAGUAUCACCAUCAGCAGGCACUGGGCUGCUUGGUCUUGGUCUAUCGAUGACACCCUUCUCUACACCUGAAUCUUCAGUGUCGAUGAAGUCAACUGUAUCUGCAAAUGAAACAGGCGUUGAAGGAAGGAUUCAAGAAGAGGAAGAAGAGGAGGAAUACAAAAAAUUGGGCGAAAAAGGAGAAACGACAUAUAUGGAAGCUUCAGUAUCACCAUCAGCAGGCACUGGGCUGCUUGGUCUUGGUCUAUCGAUGACAUCGUCCUCUAUCCCUGAAUCUUCAGUGUCGAUGAAGUCAACUGUAUCUGCAAAUGAAACAGGCGUUGAAGGAAGGAUUCAAGAAGAGGAAGAAGAGGAGGAAUACAAAAAAUUGGGCGAAAAAGGAGAAACGACAUAUAUGGAAGCUUCAGUAUCACCAUCAGCUGGCACUGGGCUGCUUGGUCUUGGUCUAUCGAUGACAUCGUCCUCUAUCCCUGAAUCUUCAGUGUCGAUGAAGUCAACUGUAUCUGCAAAUGAAACAGGCAUUGAAGGAAGGAAUUCAAGAAGAGGAAGAAGAGGAGGAAUACAAAAAUUGGGCGAAAAAGGAGAAACGACAUAUAUGGAAGCUUCAGUAUCACCAUCAGCAGGCACUGGGCUGCUUGGUCUUGGCAUUGAAGGAAGAAUUCAAGAAGAGGAAGAAGAGGAGGAAUACAAAAAAUUGGGCGAAAAAGGAGAAACGACAUAUAUGGAAGCUUCAGUAUCACCAUCAGCUGGCACUGGGCUGCUUGGUCUUGGUCUAUCGAUGACAUCGUCCUCUAUCCCUGAAUCUUCAGUGUCGAUGAAGUCAACUGUAUCUGCAAAUGAAACAGGCGUUGAAGGAAGGAUUCAAGAAGAGGAAGAAGAGGAGGAAUACAAAAAAUUGGGCGAAAAAGGAGAAACGACAUAUAUGGAAGCUUCAGUAUCACCAUCAGCAGGCACUGGGCUGCUUGGUCUUGGUCUAUCGAUGACAUCGUCCUCUAUCCCUGAAUCUUCAGUGUCGAUGAAGUCAACUGUAUCUGCAAAUGAAACAGGCAUUGAAGGAAGAAUUCAAGAAGAGGAAGAAGAGGAGGAAUACAAAAAAUUGGGCGAAAAAGGAGAAACGACAUAUAUGGAAGCUUCAGUAUCACCAUCAGCUGGCACUGGGCUGCUUGGUCUUGGUCUAUCGAUGACACCCUUCUCUACACCUGAAUCUUCAGUAUCGAUGAAGUCAACUGUAUCUGCAAAUGAAACAGGCGUUGAAGGAAGGAUUCAAGAAGAGGAAGAAGAGGAGGAAUACAAAAAAUUGGGCGAAAAAGGAGAAACGACAUAUAUGGAAGCUUCAGUAUCACCAUCAGCAGGCACUGGGCUGCUUGGUCUUGGUCUAUCGAUGACACCCUUCUCUACACCUGAAUCUUCAGUAUCGAUGAAGUCAACUGUAUCUGCAAAUGAAACAGGCGUUGAAGGAAGGAUUCAAGAAGAGGAAGAAGAGGAGGAAUACAAAAAAUUGGGCGAAAAAGGAGAAACGACAUAUAUGGAAGCUUCAGUAUCACCAUCAGCUGGCACUGGGCUGCUUGGUCUUGGUCUAUCGAUGACAUCGUCCUCUAUCCCUGAAUCUUCAGUGUCGAUGAAGUCAACUGUAUCUGCAAAUGAAACAGGCGUUGAAGGAAGGAUUCAAGAAGAGGAAGAAGAGGAGGAAUACAAAAAAUUGGGCGAAAAAGGAGAAACGACAUAUAUGGAAGCUUCAGUAUCACCAUCAGCUGGCACUGGGCUGCUUGGUCUUGGUCUAUCGAUGACACCUUUCUCUAUACCUGAAUCUUCAGCGUCGAUGAAGUCAACUGUAUCUGCAAAUGAGACAGGCAUUGAAGGAAGAAUUCAAGAAGAGGAAGAAGAGGAGGAAUACAAAAAAUUGGGCGAAAAAGGAGAAACGACAUAUAUGGAAGCUUCAGUAUCACCAUCAGCAGGCACUGGGCUGCUUGGUCUUGGUCUAUCGAUGACACCCUUCUCUACACCUGAAUCUUCAGUAUCGAUGAAGUCAACUGUAUCUGCAAAUGAAACAGGCGUUGAAGGAAGGAUUCAAGAAGAGGAAGAAGAGGAGGAAUACAAAAAAUUGGGCGAAAAAGGAGAAACGACAUAUAUGGAAGCUUCAGUAUCACCAUCAGCAGGCACUGGGCUGCUUGGUCUUGGUCUAUCGAUGACAUCGUCCUCUAUACCUGAAUCUUCAGUGUCGAUGAAGUCAACUGUAUCUGCAAAUGAAACAGGCAUUGAAGGAAGAAUUCAAGAAGAGGAAGAAGAGGAGGAAUACAAAAAAUUGGGCGAAAAAGGAGAAACGACAUAUAUGGAAGCUUCAGUAUCACCAUCAGCUGGCACUGGGCUGCCUGGUCUUGGUCUAUCGAUGACAUCGUCCUCUAUCCCUGAAUCUUCAGUGUCGAUGAAGUCAACUGUAUCUGCAAAUGAAACAGGAAUUGAGGAAAGAAUUCAAGAGGAGGAAGAAGAAAUGAAAAGACUGGGAGAAAAGGGAGAAACGACAUAUAUGGAAGCUUCAGUAUCACCAUCAGCAGGCACUGGGCUGCUUGGUCUUGGUCUAUCGAUGACACCCUUCUCUACACCUGAAUCUUCAGUAUCGAUGAAGUCAACUGUAUCUGCAAAUGAAACAGGCGUUGAAGGAAGGAUUCAAGAAGAGGAAGAAGAGGAGGAAUACAAAAAAUUGGGCGAAAAAGGAGAAACGACAUAUAUGGAAGCUUCAGUAUCACCAUCAGCAGGCACUGGGCUGCUUGGUCUUGUGUCGAUGAAGUCAACUGUAUCUGCAAAUGAAACAGGCAUUGAAGGAAGGAUUCAAGAAGAGGAAGAAGAGGAGGAAUACAAAAAAUUGGGCGAAAAAGGAGAAACGACAUAUAUGGAAGCUUCAGUAUCACCAUCAGCUGGCACUGGGCUGCUUGGUCUUGGUCUAUCGAUGACAUCGUCCUCUAUCCCUGAAUCUUCAGUGUCGAUGAAGUCAACUGUAUCUGCAAAUGAAACAGGCAUUGAAGGAAGAAUUCAAGAAGAGGAAGAAGAGGAGGAAUACAAAAAAUUGGGCGAAAAAGGAGAAACGACAUAUAUGGAAGCUUCAGUAUCACCAUCAGCUGGCACUGGGCUGCUUGGUCUUGGUCUAUCGAUGACACCCUUCUCUACACCUGAAUCUUCAGUGUCGAUGAAGUCAACUGUAUCUGCAAAUGAAACAGGCGUUGAAGGAAGGAUUCAAGAAGAGGAAGAAGAGGAGGAAUACAAAAAAUUGGGCGAAAAAGGAGAAACGACAUAUAUGGAAGCUUCAGUAUCACCAUCAGCAGGCACUGGGCUGCUUGGUCUUGGUCUAUCGAUGACACCCUUCUCAACACCUGAAUCUUCAGUGUCGAUGAAGUCAACUGUAUCUGCAAAUGAAACAGGCAUUGAAGGAAGAAUUCAAGAAGAGGAAGAAGAGGAGGAAUACAAAAAAUUGGGCGAAAAAGGAGAAACGACAUAUAUGGAAGCUUCAGUAUCACCAUCAGCUGGCACUGGGCUGCUUGGUCUUGGUCUAUCGAUGACAUCGUCCUCUAUCCCUGAAUCUUCAGUGUCGAUGAAGUCAACUGUAUCUGCAAAUGAAACAGGCGUUGAAGGAAGGAUUCAAGAAGAGGAAGAAGAGGAGGAAUACAAAAAAUUGGGCGAAAAAGGAGAAACGACAUAUAUGGAAGCUUCAGUAUCACCAUCAGCUGGCACUGGGCUGCCUGGUCUUGGUCUAUCGAUGACAUCGUCCUCUAUCCCUGAAUCUUCAGUGUCGAUGAAGUCAACUGUAUCUGCAAAUGAAACAGGAAUUGAGGAAAGAAUUCAAGAGGAGGAAGAAGAAAUGAAAAGACUGGGAGAAAAGGGAGAAACGACAUAUAUGGAAGCUUCAGUAUCACCAUCAGCAGGCACUGGGCUGCUUGGUCUUGGUCUAUCGAUGACACCCUUCUCUACACCUGAAUCUUCAGUAUCGAUGAAGUCAACUGUAUCUGCAAAUGAAACAGGCGUUGAAGGAAGGAUUCAAGAAGAGGAAGAAGAGGAGGAAUACAAAAAAUUGGGCGAAAAAGGAGAAACGACAUAUAUGGAAGCUUCCAUGUCGAUGAAGUCAACUGUAUCUGCAAAUGAGACAGGCAUUGAAGGAAGGAUUCAAGAAGAGGAAGAAGAGGAGGAAUACAAAAAAUUGGGCGAAAAAGGAGAAACGACAUAUAUGGAAGCUUCAGUAUCACCAUCAGCAGGCACUGGGCUGCUUGGUCUAGGUCUAUCGAUGACACCUUUCUCUAUACCUGAAUCUUCAGCGUCGAUGAAGUCAACUGUAUCUGCAAAUGAGACAGGCAUUGAAGGAAGAAUUCAAGAAGAGGAAGAAGAGGUGGAAUACAAAAAAUUGGGCGAAAAAGGAGAAACGACAUAUAUGGAAGCUUCAGUAUCACCAUCAGCUGGCACUGGGCUGCCUGGUCUUGGUCUAUCGAUGACAUCGUCCUCUAUCCCUGAAUCUUCAGUGUCGAUGAAGUCAACUGUAUCUGCAAAUGAAACAGGCGUUGAAGGAAGGAUUCAAGAAGAGGAAGAAGAGGAGGAAUACAAAAAAUUGGGCGAAAAAGGAGAAACGACAUAUAUGGAAGCUUCAGUAUCACCAUCAGCUGGCACUGGGCUGCCUGGUCUUGGUCUAUCGAUGACAUCGUCCUCUAUCCCUGAAUCUUCAGUGUCGAUGAAGUCAACUGUAUCUGCAAAUGAAACAGGCGUUGAAGGAAGGAUUCAAGAAGAGGAAGAAGAGGAGGAAUACAAAAAAUUGGGCGAAAAAGGAGAAACGACAUAUAUGGAAGCUUCAGUAUCACCAUCAGCAGGCACUGGGCUGCUUGGUCUUGGUCUAUCGAUGACAUCGUCCUCUAUCCCUGAAUCUUCAGUCUCGAUGAAGUCAACUGUAUCUGCAAAUGAAACAGGAAUUGAGGAAAGAAUUCAAGAGGAGGAAGAAGAAUUGAAAAGACUGGGAGAAAAGGGAGAAACGACAUAUAUGGAAGCUCCAGUAUCACCAUCAGCUGGCACUGGGCUGCAUGGUCUUGGUCUAUCGAUGACACCCUUCUCAACACCUGAAUCUUCAGUAUCGAUGAAGUCAACUGUAUCUGCAAAUGAAACAGGCGUUGAAGGAAGGAUUCAAGAAGAGGAAGAAGAGGAGGAAUACAAAAAAUUGGGCGAAAAAGGAGAAACGACAUAUAUGGAAGCUUCAGUAUCACCAUCAGCAGGCACUGGGCUGCUUGGUCUUGGUCUAUCGAUGACAUCGUCCUCUAUCCCUGAAUCUUCAGUCUCGAUGAAGUCAACUGUAUCUGCAAAUGAAACAGGAAUUGAGGAAAGAAUUCAAGAGGAGGAAGAAGAAUUGAAAAGACUGGGAGAAAAGGGAGAAACGACAUAUAUGGAAGCUCCAGUAUCACCAUCAGCUGGCACUGGGCUGCAUGGUCUUGGUCUAUCGAUGACACCCUUCUCAACACCUGAAUCUUCAGUAUCGAUGAAGUCAACUGUAUCUGCAAAUGAAACAGGCGUUGAAGGAAGGAUUCAAGAAGAGGAAGAAGAGGAGGAAUACAAAAAAUUGGGCGAAAAAGGAGAAACGACAUAUAUGGAAGCUUCAGUAUCACCAUCAGCAGGCACUGGGCUGCUUGGUCUAGGUCUAUCGAUGACACCUUUCUCUAUACCUGAAUCUUCAGCGUCGAUGAAAUCAACUGUAUCUGCAAAUGAGACAGGCAUUGAAGGAAGAAUUCAAGAAGAGGAAGAAGAGGAGGAAUACAAAAAAUUGGGCGAAAAAGGAGAAACGACAUAUAUGGAAGCUUCAGUAUCACCAUCAGCAGGCACUGGGCUGCUUGGUCUAGGUCUAUCGAUGACACCUUUCUCUAUACCUGAAUCUUCAGCGUCGAUGAAAUCAACUGUAUCUGCAAAUGAGACAGGCAUUGAAGGAAGAAUUCAAGAAGAGGAAGAAGAGGUGGAAUACAAAAAAUUGGGCGAAAAAGGAGAAACGACAUAUAUGGAAGCUUCAGUAUCACCAUCAGCUGGCACUGUGCCGCUUGGUCUUGGUCUAUCGAUGACAUCGUCCUCUAUCCCUGAAUCUUCAGUCUCGAUGAAGUCAACUGUAUCUGCAAAUGAAACAGGAAUUGAGGAAAGAAUUCAAGAGGAGGAAGAAGAAUUGAAAAGACUGGGAGAAAAGGGAGAAACGACAUAUAUGGAAGCUCCAGUAUCACCAUCAGCUGGCACUGGGCUGCAUGGUCUUGGUCUAUCGAUGACACCCUUCUCAACACCUGAAUCUUCAGUAUCGAUGAAGUCAACUGUAUCUGCAAAUGAAACAGGCGUUGAAGGAAGGAUUCAAGAAGAGGAAGAAGAGGAGGAAUACAAAAAAUUGGGCGAAAAAGGAGAAACGACAUAUAUGGAAGCUCCAGUAUCACCAUCAGCUGGCACUGGGCUGCCUGGUCUUGGUCUAUCGAUGACAUCGUCCUCUAUCCCUGAAUCUUCAGCGUCGAUGAAGUCAACUGUAUCUGCAAAUGAGACAGGCAUUGAAGGAAGAAUUCAAGAAGAGGAAGAAGAGGAGGAAUACAAAAAAUUGGGCGAAAAAGGAGAAACGACAUAUAUGGAAGCUCCAGUAUCACCAUCAGCUGGCACUGGGCUGCCUGGUCUUGGUCUAUCGAUGACAUCGUCCUCUAUCCCUGAAUCUUCAGUGUCGAUGAAGUCAACUGUAUCUGCAAAUGAAACAGGCGUUGAAGGAAGGAUUCAAGAAGAGGAAGAAGAGGAGGAAUACAAAAAAUUGGGCGAAAAAGGAGAAACGACAUAUAUGGAAGCUUCAGUAUCACCAUCAGCAGGCACUGGGCUGCUUGGUCUUGGUCUAUCGAUGACAUCGUCCUCUAUGCCUGAAUCUUCAGUCUCGAUGAAGUCAACUGUAUCUGCAAAUGAAACAGGAAUUGAGGAAAGAAUUCAAGAGGAGGAAGAAGAAUUGAAAAGACUGGGAGAAAAGGGAGAAACGACAUAUAUGGAAGCUCCAGUAUCACCAUCAGCUGGCACUGGGCUGCAUGGUCUUGGUCUAUCGAUGACACCCUUCUCAACACCUGAAUCUUCAGUAUCGAUGAAGUCAACUGUAUCUGCAAAUGAAACAGGCGUUGAAGGAAGGAUUCAAGAAGAGGAAGAAGAGGAGGAAUACAAAAAAUUGGGCGAAAAAGGAGAAACGACAUAUAUGGAAGCUUCAGUAUCACCAUCAGCAGGCACUGUGCCGCUUGGUCUUAGUGUAUCGGUUGGACUGUUUUCGAAACCAGAAUUGUCGGUGUCGAUGAAGUCAACUGUACCUGCAAAUGAAACAGGCGUUGAAGGAAGGAUUCAAGAAGAGGAAGAAGAGGAGGAAUACAAAAAAUUGGGCGAAAAAGGAGAAACGACAUAUAUGGAAGCUUCAGUAUCACCAUCAGCAGGCACUGGGCUGCUUGGUCUAGGUCUAUCGAUGACACCUUUCUCUAUCCCUGAAUCUUCAGUGUCGAUGAAGUCAACUGUAUCUGCAAAUGAAACAGGCGUUGAAGGAAGAAUUCAAGAAGAGGAAGAAGAGGAGGAAUACAAAAAAUUGGGCGAAAAAGGAGAAACGACAUAUAUGGAAGCUUCAGUAUCACCAUCAGCAGGCACUGGGCUGCAUGGUCUUGGUCUAUCGAUGACACCCUUCUCAACACCUGAAUCUUCAGUGUCGAUGAAGUCAACUGUAACUGCAAAUGAAACAGGCGUUGAAGGAAGGAUUCAAGAAGAGGAAGAAGAGGAGGAAUACAAAAAAUUGGGCGAAAAAGGAGAAACGACAUAUAUGGAAGCUUCAGUAUCACCAUCAGCAGGCACUGGGCUGCUUGGUCUUGUGUCGAUGAAGUCAACUGUAUCUGCAAAUGAAACAGGCGUUGAAGGAAGAAUUCAAGAAGAGGAAGAAGAGGAGGAAUACAAAAAAUUGGGCGAAAAAGGAGAAACGACAUAUAUGGAAGCUUCAGUAUCACCAUCAGCAGGCACUGGGCUGCUUGGUCUUGGUCUAUCGAUGACAUCGUCCUCUAUCCCUGAAUCUUCAGUGUCGAUGAAGUCAACUGUAUCUGCAAAUGAAACAGGCGUUGAAGGAAGAAUUCAAGAAGAGGAAGAAGAGGAGGAAUACAAAAAAUUGGGCGAAAAAGGAGAAACGACAUAUAUGGAAGCUUCAGUAUCACCAUCAGCAGGCACUGGGCUGCCUGGUCUUGGUCUAUCGAUGACAUCGUCCUCUAUCCCUGAAUCUUCAGUGUCGAUGAAGUCAACUGUAUCUGCAAAUGAAACAGGCGUUGAAGGAAGGAUUCAAGAAGAGGAAGAAGAGGAGGAAUACAAAAAAUUGGGCGAAAAAGGAGAAACGACAUAUAUGGAAGCUUCAGUAUCACCAUCAGCAGGCACUGGGCUGCUUGGUCUUGGUCUAUCGAUGACAUCGUCCUCUAUCCCUGAAUCUUCAGUGUCGAUGAAGUCAACUGUAUCUGCAAAUGAAACAGGAAUUGAGGAAAGAAUUCAAGAGGAGGAAGAAGAAAUGAAAAGACUGGGAGAAAAGGGAGAAACGACAUAUAUGGAAGCUUCAGUAUCACCAUCAGCAGGCACUGUGCCGCUUGGUCUUGGUGUAUCGGUUGGACUGUUUUCGAAACCAGAAUUGUCAGUGUCUAUGAAGUCAACUGUACCUGCAAAUGAAACAGGCGUUGAAGGAAGGAUUCAAGAAGAGGAAGAAGAGGAGGAAUACAAAAAAUUGGGCGAAAAAGGAGAAACGACAUAUAUGGAAGAAGCUGCAGAGACUUUAUCAGCCCCAGCUGUUCAGCUUGGUGUUGCUUUAUCAGUGGCACCAUUUUUGAAACCAGACUCAUCAUCUUCACCCCUUAUAUUGAUGACGAAACCUGAGGUCGAAGGAAAGCUUGAAGAAGAAAAAGAAGAAGAGGGCUUGGAAUAUAAGAAACUCCUAGAAAGAGGAGAAACGACAGUGAUGGACGAAGAAAUCCAGAAAUUGCCUUCAGCCCGCACCAAACAUGUUGGUCUCGGUAUAUCAUUUACACCACAUUCGAUGCUGGAAUCAUCAUCCUUGCCAUCUUUAUUGCUUAAGAAACCUAAACAGAAAUUCCCUCCAGCCCGCACCAGAUAUGUUGGUCUCGGUAUAUCAGUUACACCACAUUCGAUGCUGGAAACAUCAUCCUUGCCAUCUGUACUAAUUAAGAAACCUGAGGUACCGCAUGAAAAACUCGAUGAAGAAAAGCUUGAAGAAGAAAAAGAAGAAGAGGGCUUGGAAUAUAAGAAACUCCUAGAAAGAGGAGAAACGACAGUGAUGGACGAAGAAAUCCAGAAAUUGCCUUCAGCCCGCACCAAACAUGUUGGUCUCGGUAUAUCAUUUACACCACAUUCGAUGCUGGAAACAUCAUCCUUGCCAUCUGUAUUGCUUAAGAAACCUAAACAGAAAUUCCCUCCAGCCCGCACCAAAUAUAUUGGUCUCGGUAUAUCAGUUACACCACAUUCGAUGCUGGAAACAUCAUCCUUGCCAUCUGUACUAAUUAAGAAACCUGAGGCACCGCAUGAAAAACUCGAUGAAGAAAAGCUUGAAGAAGAAAAAGAAGAAGAGGGCUUGGAAUAUAAGAAACUCCUAGAAAGAGGAGAAACGACAGUGAUGGACGAAGAAAUCCAGAAAUUGCCUUCAGCCCGCACCAAACAUGUUGGUCUCGGUAUAUCAGUUACACCACAUUCGAUGCUGGAAACAUCAUCCUUGCCAUCUGUACUAAUUAAGAAACCUGAGGUACCGCAUGAAAAACUCGAUGAAGAAAAGCUUGAAGAAGAAAAAGAAGAAGAGGGCUUGGAAUAUAAGAAACUCCUAGAAAGAGGAGAAACGACAGUGAUGGACGAAGAAAUCCAGAAAUUGCCUUCAGCCCGCACCAAACAUGUUGGUCUCGGUAUAUCAGUUACACCACAUUCGAUGCUGGAAACAUCAUCCUUGCCAUCUGUACUGAUUAAGAAACCUGAGGUACCGCAUGAAAAACUCGAUGAAGAAAAGCUUGAAGAAGAAAAAGAAGAAGAGGGCUUGGAAUAUAAGAAACUCCUAGAAAGAGGAGAAACGACAGUGAUGGACGAAGAAAUCCAGAAAUUGCCUUCAGCCCGCACCAAACAUGUUGGUCUCGGUAUAUCAGUUACACCACUUUCGAUGCUGGAAACAUCAUCUUUGCCAUCUGUAUUGCUUAAGAAACCUAAACAGAAAUUCACUCCAGCCCGCACCAAAUAUGUUGGUCUCGGUAUAUCAGUUACACCACAUUCGAUGCUGGAAACAUCAUCUUUGCCAUCUGUACUGAUUAAGAAACCUGAGGUACCGCAUGAAAAACUCGAUGAAGAAAAGCUUGAAGAAGAAAAAGAAGAAGAGGGCUUGGAAUAUAAGAAACUCCUAGAAAGAGGAGAAACGACAGUGAUGGACGAAGAAAUCCAGAAAUUGCCUUCAGCCCGCACCAAACAUGUUGGUCUCGGUAUAUCAGUUACACCACUUUCGAUGCUGGAAACAUCAUCUUUGCCAUCUGUACUGAUUAAGAAACCUGAGGUACCGCAUGAAAAACUCGAUGAAGAAAAGCUUGAAGAAGAAAAAGAAGAAGAGGGCUUGGAAUAUAAGAAACUCCUAGAAAGAGGAGAAACGACAGUGAUGGACGAAGAAAUCCAGAAAUUGCCUUCAGCCCGCACCAAACAUGUUGGUCUCGGUAUAUCAGUUACACCACAUUCGAUGCUGGAAACAUCAUCCUUGCCAUCUGUACUAAUUAAGAAACCUGAGGCACCGCAUGAAAAACUCGAUGAAGAAAAGCUUGAAGAAGAAAAAGAAGAAGAGGGCUUGGAAUAUAAGAAACUCCUAGAAAGAGGAGAAACGACAGUGAUGGACGAAGAAAUCCAGAAAUUGCCUUCAGCCCGCACCAAACAUGUUGGUCUCGGUAUAUCAGUUACACCACUUUCGAUGCUGGAAACAUCAUCUUUGCCAUCUGUACUGAUUAAGAAACCUGAGGUACCGCAUGAAAAACUCGAUGAAGAAAAGCUUGAAGAAGAAAAAGAAGAAGAGGGCUUGGAAUAUAAGAAACUCCUAGAAAGAGGAGAAACGACAGUGAUGGACGAAGAAAUCCAGAAAUUGCCUUCAGCCCGCACCAAACAUGUUGGUCUCGGUAUAUCAGUUACACCACUUUCGAUGCUGGAAACAUCAUCUUUGCCAUCUGUACUGAUUAAGAAACCUGAGGUACCGCAUGAAAAACUCGAUGAAGAAAAGCUUGAAGAAGAAAAAGAAGAAGAGGGCUUGGAAUAUAAGAAACUCCUAGAAAGAGGAGAAACGACAGUGAUGGACGAAGAAAUCCAGAAAUUGCCUCCAGCCCGCACCAAAUAUGUUGGUCUCGGUAUAUCAGUUACAACACAUUCGAUGCUGGAAACAUCAUCUUCGCCUGUACUAAUGAAAAGGCCUGAGGUUCCAUAUGAAACAGAGAGCCGAUAUGUUACAGAAGAAAUACUUUCAUCAUCUGAAAUUGCUUCUAAACAGGUGAAAUUCGAAGAUAAACGCCUUGAUAUUGCAAACAAAACGGAUUCUAGUGAUAUUUAUAUUCGUACUCGUUUCUCGACGUCGACACCUAAUGUUUCUGUGGUUGAAGCUACAAGUUCGAGCAUAGAAGAAACGAGUGCUGUUACUGAGCUAGUUGACGAAAUUAAACAAGGUUGGCUGGAAGCAAUGAAAUCAUUGGAACUAUUGCGUAAGCAUUUGCAAGAUUUUGAAAGGAAUAUAAGAAAGGCAGCGCAGUUAAGGGCGAAAAUGGCAGGUGCACAAGGGCGAGGAAAUCGCAAAAAUCGAAAGGCGGAUAUUACAAACAUAUUUAGCAGUGAUAAAGGAAAAAAUGGACAUGAACAUAUUGAUCAACCUAUGGACAAUGAAAAAGAAAUGGAAAAGCUGCUUUCUGCUAGUUUGGACGUUGAUAAUAGUACCAAAAAUCAUGGAAAAUUGGAAAACGAAAUGAAUUUGAAUGGCACUGAAUCUACGAUAGGUUUAAAAUUCCGCGAACUCAGCAGUCACACCAAUGUGGAAAGUAAGAAGAUUGUCGAAAACAGUUGGCGAAAAUCCGCUUUAAGGCAAACAGAAAAUUUAAUCAGGAAUCGAAAAUUAAUAACAAACAAUCCUUCGGAAAUGCGAAGGAAGAUGUUGGAGGAACAGAUGCAUGAGGCGCUUGUGAGAAUGGAAAAUGGAAAACGUGAUGAACAGGGAGAAAUAGAGGUAAAAUCGAAAAAAGAAAAGGAAGAGGAGGAAGACAGAGUAAUUAAUGGGACGGUGUAUACCAGACUAAUGGAAGAAAAGGCUCGUUUGGAAGAAGCACGUCUUCUACGUGAAGAACAAGCGGAACUGAGAAAGAAGCAAGAACUUAACCAUGGUUUUGCUGAUAAGGCUCAACUGGAACGACAGGAUCAAAUAGCUCAAAAAUUGGAACAACUUAUCGAAAAUGAAAGGCAACAUCGUGAACAGCUUGAACGAGAAGAGCGGAUGAUGAAUGCCAACAUGAGACAUCGCAUGAUCACACCUACCCUUGGCAGUCCGUUGGCGACUCUAAUCCCUAAAGCUGAAGAAGAUUUGGUGCUCUCAACACAAUGUUCUGUGAUUCGAAAAUUUGUGAGAGUGUUCGAUAUCAACGACGCCAUUGAAUGGAUUCAUAUGAACUGUCCAAUUGCUAAAAUCUAUUUCCCUGAAGAAAGUUGUGAACAAGUGGAAAAAUUAUUCAAAUCUUGCUUACAAUAG